UGGCAUUUGAACGUGAGGCAACGCCCUCUAAUUGACGACUGCGACUGUCCAGAUUGGAUUCCGCACAACGAUUGGUCCUACAUCAGACGAAGAAGUUGCGAGCCGAGUUAUCUUUCCCUCUUCAUCACUCAGCCAACUCGGUGCCCGAAACCUUCUUUCAGCAAGCACGCCUCCUAAUAAAUCCUUCACGAUGGGUGGCUUAAUACCUCUGCUUCUUCACCCCGUUGCCGCCGGUUCCCGCGGCAGCAUCGUCUUUCCUACCGCGCCAUCAAAUGCUCCUACGCCGCAGUCAUCAGUAGCGACGACGACAACGACGACGAAUCUGCCAUCCCCCAGAGCGCGUACGUCUAGGCGGUCGUCAAUGCAGACGCCGGCCUCUCUGCCAGUCCUGCCUUACACCUCCGCAGAAUGGAUCAAGGCUGUCUCUGAAGUUAAGCGUCAAUACCUAAACCGCAAGUACCGGCCAUGCUCUCUGAGGUGUUGUGAAAUCUUGGACAACAUAAAAGAAGAUGCGAACAUUGAGCCGGCGUACCUGAUAUACCUGCAUUUCUACGCUGCCAGCUCUUUUGACAUGCUUUCACGACCUUUGAAGGGCAAUUCUCCGUAUCGAACAAUGCUGCUUCAGCAGGCACGAAAUCACUACUUGCAGGCUUCAGAUCUAAGCAAGACAGCGGACGAGAAUAUGGCUCGCUCUUCACGGCCAUCCUCAGCAGCAACCUCGAGCAUGCACUCUCCUUCAAGCUCCACCUCCUCUCGCGCCUCGUCCCGAACCUGGACGAACUCGACGGCUUUUUCGUCGCCGACACCGUCUAUCUGCUCCGUCGAGGAUGCCGUGACCAAACUAUCCGGCAGCCACAAGAAGCGCGUCACCUUUUGCGACAUCCCCCAGGAGCCAUUCAUCCGCCCUGACUCCCCCACUCUUGGCUUCGAAGACUACCUAUGCUCCCCGCAAGAGCCCGAGCCACGCUAUCUCCCGGUCCUCCCUGAGGAGCCAGAACCUGUUGACGAGCCCGAGGAGAUGAUGAAGCCACCAACACCCGAGCCUCUGAAUGAUGACUGCGACGCCUUUGACUUCCUGCAGGAGCGCUCUGUUCACCGUUACUGUGGUCUGCUCUCUAGCCUCCGAUCGCAGAUCGGAGUCCACAUCGCCGACGUCGAAGAGCGGCUUAUUACGCCUCCCCAAGAUACCACCGACACCAGCUUGCUUCCCGCCAGAGCCGCAACCCCGGAGCUCAGUGAUGAGCUACGCAGUCUCGAUAUCAAGGCUCGCAUUGAGCGUCUCCGCCAGAACAACUGGCAGCGUCGCCGCUUCGAUGUCAGCCGCUACGAGGCGCUCCGCGAGAGCGUCCUUGCCGAAUUAUAAUGCUGGUCGGGGCCUCAAGUCUCGAUCACAUGGACCCGCCCAUUCAACUUUUGCAUUUUCUACUUUCAAACUUCUCUCCAAUGAUACCACAGGCACAUAUUCUCUUAAUUGGAGCCUGUACUGCCCUUCCUCAGGGUGGCAUUUCUCCUACCAUUUAUGGCGA